AUGCCUCAGGACGCAGAUUUCUUGAGCCCACGAGGCCUCCUGGUUGACGAUGACUUCUGCUUAAAGUUGGCCACAUUUCGCACGCUGGCCGGGGUCAUCCAGGCGACGGAGAGCCUACCAAGUGACGAUGAUUCCCUGCAGCAGUACGCUGGCUUCUCGAACAAUGGCUAUCAGAUUCUAUACAGCAAGCUGGGCCCAAUCGCCAACGAGUUUAUGACGGUCCGACAAGUCGCCGCUAAUCUUUAUUACGAGUACACAGGCUUAGUGUGUGACAGUGCUCUGGCUCUUUGCUCCACCGCACCUGAUGAUUAUGACAAAAUCUUCGCCGACUUCGAAGCCAUGCGGCAGGACCCCACCAACGACGACCUCCGCGACCGCGUCCAGCAGGAGGCAACCGACCGGCUCAACGCCGUGCAGAUUCUCUGCGACCAGGCCAACAGCUGGGGCGACAAUCUAAACACCUACACCCAGCAGGGGGCCGACUGCCAGACUACCGUGCAGCAGCUAGCUCUGCCAUUCCAGGGCUCCACGCUGCAGGACCAACUGACAGCCGAGGAUUUCCCGGAGGAUCUGCAGGGGGAUCUGGCCGCGUUGGGCCGGGUUAAGGAUCUACUCGAUGGGUUCAGCCUGGAGGAUGAUAUGGGCGAGUCGAUACAACAGGUAGAACUGUUAAGUGCCCAGCUCAUCGCGAACGACGUCCAAAUCCCGGUGGAUUAUAUCCAAAAGCACGACGAUCCCGACGAUAACCCCCUCGAUGGAGUAGUGGAAAGGAUAGUGCUCGAGGACUUGGCGACUUUGCAGAAGGACGUCACUGAUUUCAAGAAUGCGUAUAUGAAUGGGGACGGGGUGGAGAAGAGGAAGUAGAGACCAAACGAGAAGGGGAGGUUCUCUGAUGUGCCGGGAUCCGUUGCGAAACGAAGGUACUUGUAUUUUG